GAGGGCCGCGUCCCCGCCCUGCGCCUGGCGUGCUGCGAGGGGACUGGGGAGGGGAAAGGCCGCGACGUGAGCGCGCGACCCCGUCCGCCAUUUUGUAUUGAAACCAGCGGAGCCGAGAAGCUGAGAGAGGAUAAAAGCGCAGGAGGCUGAACAAGGCGCCUGCUCUGGCCCCGCGACCUCCAGCCCUGCUGUCUGAGGUGCCAUGUUUCAGAACAGAAUAAAACCACUUGGAAAGAAGAGCUGAAGAAAUAGCACAGAACAGAUAUAGGCUAAUUGGAAAAAAAUUAACCUGUCUCUGAGGUGACUAAAGGGGAAUAAUGGUGAUUUUGCGCCGGGCUCGGCCGCCUGCUUCCGCCCCAACCAGCAAUGAAUCUUGACUCGCUCUCGCUGGCCUUGUCUCAAAUCAGCUACCUGGUGGACAAUUUAACCAAGAAAAACUACCGAGCCAGCCAGCAGGAAAUACAGCAUAUUGUGAAUCGGCACGGUCCCGAGGCAGACAGGCAUUUACUACGCUGUCUAUUCUCGCACGUGGAUUUCAGUGGCGAUGGUAAAAGCAGUGGCAAAGAUUUCCAUCAGACUCAGUUUCUGAUCCAGGAGUGUGCGUCGCUGAUUACAAAGCCAAACUUUAUCUCGACGCUGUCCUACGCCAUUGACAAUCCAUUGCACUAUCAGAAGAGUCUAAAGCCUUCACCCCAUUUAUUUGCCCAGCUGAGUAAAGUUAUCAAAUUAAGCAAAGUUCAAGAGGUGAUUUUUGGUCUUGCUUUACUGAACUCCUUCAGCUCAGAUCUACGAGGUUUUGCUGCCCAGUUUAUCAAACAAAAACUUCCAGAUCUGCUGCGUUCUUACAUUGACGCAGACGUCAGUGGAAAUCAAGAAGGUGGCUUCCAAGAUAUUGCAAUAGAGGUCCUGCACCUCCUCCUCUCCCAUCUCCUUUUUGGGCAGAAAGGAGCCUUUGGGGUUGGACAGGAACAGAUUGACGCUUUCCUCAAAACAUUACGUAGAGAUUUUCCCCAGGAGCGUUGCCCCGUGGUGCUUGCACCACUUCUAUACCCUGAAAAACGGGACAUCCUAAUGGAUAGGAUCCUGCCUGAUUCUGGAGGGAUAGCCAAAACAAUGAUGGAGAGCUCUCUGGCAGACUUCAUGCAAGAAGUAGGCUACGGCUUUUGUACAAGUGUUGAAGAAUGUCGCAACAUAAUCAUGCAGUUUGGUGUUCGGGAGGUAACAGCUGCCCAGGUUGCCAGGGUUUUGGGAAUGAUGGCUCGAACUCAUUCAGGGUUGACAGAGGGUAUUCCAUUACAAUCUAUUUCGGCUCCUGGCAGUGGGAUCUGGAGUGAUGGGAAAGAUAAAAGCGAUGGAACACAAGCCCAUACCUGGAAUGUGGAGGUCUUGAUUGAUGUUCUUAAAGAGCUGAAUCCUAGUUUGAACUUCAAGGAAGUAACCUAUGAACUGGACCACCCUGGGUUUCAACUUCGUGACAGCAAGGGUCUGCAGAUUGUGGUGUAUGGUAUCCAAAGAGGGCUCGGCAUGGAAGUCUUCCCAGUUGAUCUCAUAUACAGACCUUGGAAACAUGCCGAGGGCCAGCUCUCCUUCAUCCAGCAUUCCCUCAUAAACCCAGAGAUCUUCUGUUUUGCUGACUACCCCUGUCAUGCUGUUGCCACAGACAUCCUGAAAGCACCACCAGAGGAUGACAAUCGAGAAAUUGCCACAUGGAAGAGCCUGGAUUUGAUUGAGUCUCUGUUGCGGUUGGCAGAAGUGGGACAGUAUGAGCAAGUUAAGCAGCUCUUCAGUUUCCCCAUCAAGCACUGCCCAGAUAUGUUGGUAUUGGCCUUAUUACAGAUCAACACUUCCUGGCAUACCUUACGCCAUGAACUCAUCUCUACACUUAUGCCAAUUUUCCUUGGCAACCACCCCAACUCUGCCAUCAUUUUGCACUAUGCGUGGCAUGGACAGGGCCAGUCUCCUUCAAUACGCCAACUUAUCAUGCAUGCAAUGGCUGAAUGGUACAUGAGAGGGGAGCAGUAUGACCAGGCAAAAUUGUCACGCAUUCUCGAUGUUGCCCAAGACUUGAAGGCCUUGUCAAUGCUGCUAAAUGGUACUCCAUUUGCCUUUGUUAUUGACCUUGCUGCACUUGCCUCUCGACGGGAAUACCUCAAACUUGACAAAUGGCUCACAGAUAAAAUUCGGGAGCAUGGGGAGCCCUUCAUCCAGGCCUGUAUGACCUUCUUAAAGAGACGAUGCCCAUCUAUUUUGGGGGGCCUUGCCCCAGAGAAAGACCAGCCCAAAAGUGCUCAGCUUCCUCCAGAAACACUAGCAACUAUGUUGGCCUGCCUACAAGCUUGUGCUGGGAGUGUUUCCCAGGAGCUGUCAGAGACCAUCCUCACUAUGGUAGCCAAUUGCAGUAAUGUCAUGAACAAGGCUAGACAGCCACCACCUGGAGUCAUGCCAAAGGGACGUCCACCAAGUGCUAGCAGCUUGGAUGCUAUCUCUCCUGUACAGAUUGACCCGCUUGCUGGGAUGGCAUCUCUUAGUUUAGGUGGUUCAGCUGUUCCACAUACCCAGAGUAUGCAAGGCUUCCCUCCAAACUUGGGUUCUGCUUUCAGUACACCUCAGUCACCAGCAAAAGCAUUUCCUCCCCUUUCCACCCAAAAUCAGACAACUGCUUUCAGUGGCAUUGGAGGACUCUCUUCACAACUUCCAGUAGGUGGUCUUACUACGGGUAGCCUAACUGGUAUAGGGACUGGGGCCCUUGGCCUCCCUGCAGUGAACAAUGAUCCAUUCGUGCAAAGGAAACUGAGUACAUCUGGACUGAACCAGCCUACAUUCCAGCAGAGUAAGAUGAAACCUUCUGACUUAUCUCAGGUGUGGCCAGAGGCAAAUCAGCACUUUAGUAAAGAAAUAGAUGAUGAGGCAAACAGCUACUUUCAGCGCAUUUAUAAUCAUCCACCACACCCCACCAUGUCUGUAGAUGAGGUGUUAGAAAUGCUACAGAGGUUUAAGGACUCCAACAUUAAGCGGGAACGAGAAGUGUUUAACUGUAUGCUGAGGAACUUGUUUGAGGAGUACCGUUUUUUCCCCCAAUACCCAGACAAAGAGCUGCACAUAACAGCCUGCCUCUUUGGUGGGAUAAUAGAGAAAGGACUGGUUACUUACAUGGCAUUGGGCCUGGCCCUGCGCUAUGUUCUUGAAGCCUUACGAAAGCCUUUUGCAUCCAAAAUGUACUAUUUUGGUAUUGCUGCACUAGAUAGAUUUAAAAAUAGAUUGAAGGACUAUCCCCAGUAUUGUCAGCACUUGGCUUCUAUUAGUCACUUUAUACAGUUCCCUCAUCACCUACAGGAGUACAUUGAAUAUGGACAACAAUCCAGAGAUCCUCCUGUGAAGAUGCAGGGUUCAAUCACCACUCCUGGAAGUAUUGCACUUGCCCAGGCUCAGGCCCAGGCCCAGGUUCCAGCAAAAGCUCCUCUUGCUGGCCAAGUCAGCACUAUAGUAACCACCUCCACCACCACUACCACUGUAGCAAAAACCAUUACAAUCACCCGACCAACUGGAGUCAGCUUCAAAAAGGAUGUGCCGCCUUCCAUUAAUACUACCAACAUCGAUACCUUGCUUGUGGCAACAGAUCAAACUGAGAGAAUUGUGGAGCCCCCAGAAAAUGUUCAGGAAAAAAUUGCUUUCAUAUUCAAUAAUCUAUCUCAAUCAAAUAUGACACAGAAGGUUGAGGAGCUGAAGGAAACUGUGAAAGAGGAGUUCAUGCCUUGGGUUUCACAGUAUCUUGUGAUGAAGAGAGUCAGUAUUGAGCCAAAUUUUCACAGCCUAUAUUCAAAUUUCCUUGACACUCUUAAGAAUCCAGAGUUUAACAAGAUGGUUCUGAAUGAAACCUACAGAAAUAUCAAGGUGCUACUGACAUCAGAUAAAGCUGCAGCCAACUUCUCUGACCGUUCCCUUCUGAAGAACCUUGGCCACUGGCUGGGAAUGAUCACGUUGGCUAAAAAUAAACCCAUCUUGCACACGGAUUUGGAUGUGAAAUCGUUACUUCUGGAGGCUUAUGUUAAGGGGCAACAGGAGUUGCUUUAUGUAGUACCAUUUGUUGCCAAAGUCUUAGAAUCCAGUGUCAGGAGUGUGGUUUUCAGACCUCCAAACCCGUGGACGAUGGCAAUCAUGAACGUUUUAGCUGAGCUGCAUCAAGAACAUGACUUAAAACUAAAUCUGAAAUUUGAGAUUGAGGUGCUCUGCAAGAACCUUGCACUAGACAUCAAUGAGCUGAAACCUGGAAACCUCCUGAAAGACAAGGAUCGGUUGAAAAAUUUGGAUGAACAGCUGUCUGCUCCAAAGAAGGAUGUAAAACAGCCGGAGGAGCUGCCGCCAAUCACAACAACCACUGCUUCUACAACCCCAGCUACUAACACCACUUGUGCAGCAUCCGUUCCUCCACAACCUCAGUACAGUUACCAUGACAUCAACGUCUACUCUCUGGGAGGGCUGGCUCCACACAUUACUCUAAAUCCUACUAUUCCACUGUUCCAGGCCCACCCACAGCUAAAGCAGUGUGUGCGUCAAGCUAUAGAGCGUGCAGUGCAAGAGCUUGUCCAUCCAGUGGUAGACCGGUCCAUUAAGAUUGCCAUGACUACCUGUGAACAGAUAGUCAGAAAGGACUUUGCACUGGAUUCAGAGGAGUCACGCAUGCGUGUAGCGGCACACCACAUGAUGCGGAACCUGACUGCUGGUAUGGCCAUGAUUACCUGCAGGGAACCUCUGAUGAUGAGCAUUGCUACCAACUUGAAGAACAGUUUUGCUACUGCACUGCGGGCAGCAUCCCCACAGCAGAGGGAGAUGAUGGAGCAGGCAGCUGCACAGUUAGCUCAGGAUAACUGUGAAUUAGCAUGUUGCUUCAUUCAGAAGACAGCUGUGGAAAAGGCAGGCCCUGAAAUGGACAAGAGGCUGGCAACUGAAUUUGAGCUCAGAAAGCAUGCUAGACAAGAGGGUCGUCGGUACUGUGAUCCUGUUGUAUUAACUUACCAGGCUGAACGAAUGCCAGAGCAGAUCAGAUUGAAGGUUGGUGGUGUGGACCCAAAACAGCUGGCUGUUUAUGAAGAGUUUGCUCGCAAUGUCCCCGGCUUCUUGCCUACUAAUGAUUUAACCCAACCUACAGGAUUCUUGGCUCAGCCUAUGAAGCAAGCUUGGGCUACAGAUGAUGUAGCACAGAUCUAUGAUAAAUGUAUGACAGAACUGGAACAACACCUACAAUCCAUACCACAUACCCUGGCCAUGAACCCACAAGCUCAAGCCUUACGCAGUCUGUUGGAGGCUGUAGUAGUGGCUCGUAACUCCCGUGAUGCUAUAGCUGCGCUUGGACUGCUCCAGAAGGCUGUUGAGGGCUUACUGGAUGCCACUAGUGGUGCAGAUGCUGACCUCCUGCUCCGCUACCGUGAGUGUCACCUACUUGUACUGAAAGCUCUGCAGGAUGGCCGUGCCUAUGGGUCUCCAUGGUGUAACAAGCAGAUCACCAGGUGCUUGAUUGAAUGCCGGGAUGAGUAUAAGUACAAUGUAGAAGCUGUGGAGCUGCUAAUCCGCAAUCACCUUGUUACCAUGCAGCAGUACGAUCUUCACUUGGCACAGUCAAUGGAGAAUGGCUUGAACUACAUGGCAGUGGCAUUUGCCAUGCAGUUGGUGAGGAUCUUGUUGGUGGAUGAGAGGAGUGUAGCCCAUGUGACAGAGGCAGAUCUGUUCCACACCAUUGAGACUCUGAUGAGGAUUAAUGCUCACUCCAGAGGGAAUGCUCCAGAAGGAUUACCCCAGUUGAUGGAAGUGGUCCGAUCCAACUAUGAAGCAAUGAUUGACCGUGCUCAUGGAGGCCCUAACUUCAUGAUGCAUUCUGGGAUCUCCCAAGCCUCUGAGUAUGAUGAUCCACCAGGCCUGAGGGAGAAGGCAGAGUAUCUACUGAGGGAAUGGGUGAAUCUCUACCAUUCAGCUGCAGCUGGCCGUGACAGUACCAAAGCUUUCUCUGCGUUUGUUGGACAGGUAGAGCUUUUGGAAAGAAAGAUGCACCAGCAAGGAAUCCUGAAAACGGAUGACCUGAUAACUCGAUUCUUUCGUCUUUGCACUGAAAUGUGUGUUGAAAUCAGCUAUCGUGCUCAGGCUGAGCAGCAGCACAAUCCAGCUGCCAAUCCCACCAUGAUCAGAGCCAAAUGCUACCACAACCUGGAUGCCUUUGUGCGGCUUAUUGCACUGCUAGUGAAGCAUUCUGGGGAGGCAACCAACACUGUCACAAAGAUCAACCUACUGAACAAGGUUCUUGGUAUAGUGGUGGGAGUUCUUCUCCAGGACCAUGAUGUUCGGCAGAGUGAGUUUCAGCAGCUUCCUUACCACCGCAUUUUCAUCAUGUUGCUGUUAGAAUUAAAUGCUCCUGAACAUGUGCUGGAGACCAUCAACUUCCAGACCCUUACAGCCUUCUGUAACACAUUUCACAUCCUGAGACCUACAAAAGCUCCGGGUUUUGUUUAUGCCUGGCUGGAACUGAUCUCCCAUCGGAUAUUUAUUGCGAGAAUGCUGGCACAUACACCACAGCAGAAGGGUUGGCCUAUGUAUGCCCAGCUGCUAAUUGAUCUCUUCAAGUACUUGGCUCCUUUCCUUAGAAAUGUGGAACUCACUAAACCUAUGCAAAUUCUCUACAAGGGCACUCUGCGUGUGUUGCUGGUCUUACUGCAUGAUUUCCCAGAAUUCCUUUGUGACUACCACUAUGGGUUCUGUGAUGUGAUCCCACCAAACUGUAUCCAGCUAAGGAAUCUGAUCCUGAGUGCCUUCCCACGUAACAUGAGACUCCCAGAUCCUUUCACUCCCAACCUAAAAGUGGACAUGUUAAGCGAGAUUAAUAUUGCACCACGAAUACUCACCAACUUUACUGGAGUGAUGCCACCUCAGUUCAAAAAAGAUUUGGAUUCCUAUCUCAAAACUCGCUCGCCUGUCACUUUCCUGUCUGACUUGCGCAGCAAUCUACAGGUAUCAAACGAACCUGGCAAUCGCUACAACAUCCAGCUGAUUAAUGCACUGGUGCUCUAUGUAGGCACUCAGGCUAUUGCUCAUAUUCACAACAAAGGCAGCACACCCUCUAUGAGCACUAUCACCCAUUCGGCUCACAUGGACAUUUUCCAGAACUUGGCUGUGGACCUGGACACAGAAGGUCGGUACCUCUUCUUGAAUGCAAUUGCCAAUCAGCUGCGGUACCCAAACAGCCAUACGCACUAUUUCAGUUGUACCAUGCUUUACCUAUUUGCAGAGGCCAAUACUGAGGCUAUCCAGGAACAGAUCACUAGGGUACUGUUGGAACGACUGAUUGUAAAUAGACCUCACCCAUGGGGUCUCCUCAUUACCUUCAUUGAGCUGAUAAAAAAUCCAGCGUUUAAAUUCUGGAACCAUGAGUUUGUUCACUGUGCUCCGGAAAUUGAGAAGUUGUUUCAGUCAGUUGCACAGUGCUGCAUGGGGCAGAAGCAGGCACAGCAAGUGAUGGAAGGCACUGGUGCCAGUUAGAUGAACUGCAUCUUGUAUUGUAAGCGUGCCAGCCUGGAGGUCCCCUUGCCAUCAAACUGACAGAAGAAUCCUUCAAGCUCUUCCUGACCUUCCCAGCCCCUCGAUUUGGGUACACACAAGCCUUUGGGUGAAAAUCUGUGUGGGCAUGUUCCAAAGUUUAAAGCAAAAUUUUGACUCUUGGCCAAAAUUUAGAAGAUGCUGUGAAUAUCAUUUUGAACUAGUGUAAAUACAUGGAAUCGAAACGUUUUGUCUGGACUUCUUGGGUUUGUGCAAAUUGUGUUAAAGGCAGGUGGAUAACUGGUGCCUGUCCAGCUUGUAAUAAAGGGGCAGCUGCUGAUGCCAAGCACUUGUCUAGGGCAGACCUCCUUGUCCUGACAUUCCUGGACUCCCAAAGAAUAUUGAAAAGCCAGUUUUAAAUAUUAUGUAACUUAUUUUUUUUCUUUGUGGAUGGGGGACCUUUAAAUCAUUAAGUUGUUUAAAAAAAAAAUGGAUGUGUUGGGAUAUGGGAAUACUAUGGAAUGUGGGAGGGAGGGAUUGGGAUUAAGGUCUAGUGUUGCUUCUCCCUCCUGCCCCCCAAUCAAUUGCUUAUGGAGGGGGAAGUAGCCUUCAGAGCCUGCCUCCUUUCUGUUGGAUAAGAUAAACUUCAGGCCCUUCGGGAGAGGGUCAGCUGUUUUUAGUAGAGACCUGGCCUAUAGCUUUCUUUUUUUUUCCCUCUCCCUAACACUUGUAAAUUUUUGGAAGGGGGGAGCUAAAUCUAGAACUGUCCCCCUGCAGCCACACAGCAUAAGUUUGUAAAAAGAACAAAGGACCAAUACAGCCCAUUUUGUAAGGAUUUUGAAUGUUUUGUAAAUGUAUUGGUCCAUGUGUUGUAUUUUGUAGCCUUUCUAGUUCUUGGGCUUUAGUUCUCCCACUUCUUGUAUGUAUGCAUCCUGUAGUUACACAUUAAAGUCAUGACAUGCAGCAA